AUGGGGUUCUCUAAACCCCCAACGCAGGCUCUCAAGUCUGUUAACAAGAUGAAGAGAAAGGAUAUGUUUAUCCAGCAUAAAAAGUUUGCCGGUAAGGAGCGCCGCGAAGCUCGCCAUCAGCGCAGGAAGGAGGAGAGCCGGGACCCGAGUUUGAAAGAAGAGCGUCUGGCGAAACGAAAAACCGUGACCCUUGACGAAAAACGUGUGUGGGACGAAGGCGACGAUGAUAGCCUGGGUGCUCAGGUGGACUUGGUGAGACUGAAGCGUCGACGGUUGGAAGAGGCCGAAGCCGAGGAACAGAGAGCUCUCGAUGAAGAGAUGAAGGAUGAUGAAGACGACGAGGAGAACGACAGUAUGUUGGGCUCAGAUGAUGAUGAGGAAGAUGAGGAAAACGAUAAGUUGCUGGAGCGGAUACGAGAGAAAAGAUCGCAAAGAGACAGCAGCAUGGCCCCCUCCAUGGCCAGCACGAAUCUCGACCUCGCGCCCACCUCUCUUACUCUCAAGUUCCCGACACUGUUCUCCGACAUCCCUCCGCCUCCGCCCAAGAUCUUGUUGACAACAUCCCUCAACUCUACACUCCACGACGAAGCGCGAUUGCUUUGCACACUCUUCCCCAAUACGUCGUAUACCCCCCGAUCCUCGCAUCGAUACGGACACAAGUAUUCGCUCCGUGAGAUUUGCAAGUUCGCUACAAAUAGAGAGUACACCGCGGUUAUUCUGCUGAGAGAGGACUCGAAGAAGCCCACUGGGCUGUCCAUCGUUCAUCUUCCUGUUGGGCCAACUUUCCACUUUACGAUAUCCAACUGGAUAGAGGGAGCCAAGCUCCCUGGUCACGGAAACCCGACAAACCACUACCCGGAACUGCUUUUGACCAACUUCAAGACGCCUCUUGGUCUGCUGACAGCGAAGCUUUUCCAGUCCAUGUUCCCGCCACAACCCGAAUUCCAGGGUAGACAGGUGGUAACGCUGCACAAUCAGCGAGACUACAUUUUCGUGCGACGGCACCGGUACGUGUUCCGCGACAAGCGGCAGACGGAGAAGAGCAUUGCAGGAGCAGACGGCAAGAACCUCAAGGGGGUGGAAAACAUCCGAGCUGGCCUCCAGGAGCUGGGCCCUCGAUUUACGUUGAAGCUGAGGAGAGUGGACAAGGGCAUCGGACGUGCAGGCAGCGAGGGCGACGAUGCGACCCAAUGGGAGUGGAAGGCCAAGAUGGAAAAGGACAGGAAGCGCUUCAACUUGUAA